ACGGUUAAUACCAGUGUGGUGCUAGCUAGGAGUGGCCAGGGUGCGGCAGUGUGAAUCUCCGCCACGACAGGAGAUGUGGUGGGCACAGGAGCGAAAGAGAUGGAACGUCUACUAGCGCCUCUCAUCCUCCUCCUGGCCACCACCACUCUCCCAGGACUGGGCGCAGAACACCAGUUGGAAUCGUGUGGGGACGGCGGUGGCUCCCUCAUCGACCAUGUCCUCUGCGAUCCUAACCAUCUGGUGCAGCCUGUCAACCGCCAGGUCUUUAUCGAGGUACUGACAAGAUGUGGGGAGGACACAGGACUGAGGCUGCUGGUGUUCCUAGCCGCUACUCUUCCCCAUGACAGCCUUUUUGUGCCAGCAGGUGAUGUUGAGGCCAGCACCACGCCUGUCACCACCACCAUUAUGAGUACCAAACAGAGCAGUGGUGAUGGCAGUAUGGGGUCGAGGGGCAUCACACACCUCAAGGAACGGGUGGUGGCGGCAAACAACCUCACCACCACCUCCUCCCCCGUCAUCCUCCUGGUCGGUGUGAAGGAUCAGCUUAAGAUGGCGACGUGGUGGAGUGAUUCCCUGAGCGGGGUGCUGACCACCUCCACCAUCCAGGAGGCACAGAAGAACGCCAGCAACUUCAUGGACCAGCAACUCUUCAUCGAUGCCAUUGUGCACGUCGCCUGCUACCUGUGCCAGAGUGUUCGGGGUGGCGGCAAUUCGUGGUCUGUGCAACAAAUCGUCCUGACAGCCACCUGGAUUGCCUUCACCGUCUCCUUUGUCGUUCUUCUGCUGGCCAUAGCUGUGAUACUGAUCAAGGGUCGCAUCGACGCACAAAAAUACCGAGCAGAAAAGAGCAAGGCAGAGGCAGGGCAGAGGGCCAGCAUAGUCACUUUUGCCAGAGCUUCUGAUACUCACGACUGGAGUCGGGCAUCCUUCAAAUCAACAGGCCACGUCCUCCUCGGCACCACAGACAUCAAAGCGGUGCCCCCACACGACUGCACCUCCACGGACAACCUGCUGGAGAACUGCUGAGCUGGGAGGCGUGAGCAGGUGUGAAGCAAAAAGGGUCGAGGAGCGUUCUGGGUUCGGAGCUACCAAACCAUGACUGAAAUAAUGAUUAAGUGCUGACUGUUUUAUUGCAUAAGAAAAACACUCUUUGUAUGGAGCUCAUUAGGAAGAGUGACUGAGUGUUGACUGAUACAGUGUGUUUUUGGUCUCUGUUAAUCGAUUUAAGACUCGAGAGAUGUCUACCUUGCCUUGUGACUGCGCUGCCAGAGGAGGGACCGGUGGUGCCAUCUGGUAAGGAGAUUGUGAAGAAAAGAGCUGAGCUUCCAUGCGUAAACUGUAAGAAAGCUGAAACAGUGUGUGUGUGUGUGUGUGUGUGUGUGUGUGUGUGUCCUUACAGUUAAAUGUAUAUAACAAUAAACAAAUGAAAAAG